GGCUGCCCGGGCAACGGGAGCGGCCUGCAGGAGGAGACAAGGUGAUGUUGGUUACAUCUGAUGUUGUGAAGUGGUUCCAGCUCAGCCAAUCCAUCAUUUUGCUGAAUUCCUCCAGUUCCUUCCCCUUCUACCACCUUCUAUGCCUGCUGUGGCUGAAGCUUCACUUAACACCAAGGUAUUAGUAUUCUACUUUGGUGACCAGCUGGAUUGAAUACUCGGUGCUUUGAAGAGGAGUAGAUGGAAUCAGGCCGGAGUUGCAGCACUACUCUUUCAGACUAUUUUGAGGAUACAUUUGAAUCCUUUAGUGAGGAGGAGGAGGAAGCCUGCAGGCAAUAUGAGAGUGAACCGUUUGAAUCUUAUUGUUCCACAGAGGAGUUGGAGUGGCCUGCUGCUGUGUUAGAUAUAUCUGAAAGCGUAUGGCAGUCAGUAAGCCAGGAUGAUGAAGGUGAUCACUCUGAGUUGUCAGACUCAGAAACCAUAGAAAAAGAGUUGACUGGAAAAUGGAUCAGCCGUCUCAAAAAUAAAGAUAACAUUAAGCAAGGCAAAUCUAUCAUCAAAACACACACAGAAAUUACUGAAGUAUCAGAUGAAGAAUUGGAUGCUCUGCAGUCUUUUUGCGCCAUUAAGAUAAGCCAGAUCCAUCAUCAGUUGAACUCUAAGCAAUCAAACAGCAGCAAACAUAAAGAUCUGCAGCAUGGAUUCACUUCAGAGAAGCCAGUGACAGGUGACUUGAACUGUACUAUUCCUGAUCAGCUGGUGAACAGAAUCCAUCUGAAAAAUAUCAGUGAGACAAUGAAACAGGUGAAAGAAACUAAACUACACCAGCCUUCACAAUGCCAUGAUUGUAAGAAAAAAUGGACAGAACUGGCCAAGAUUACCUUUCUCAGACAAAAGAAGACUUUAGUGGAGAAAGCUUUACUCCAAGAUAAAUUAGAAGAACAGAUUUAUGUCAAAGACUCGCUCACACUCCUAGGAGAAAUACACAAAAACCUCCCCAAGCUUUCAGAGGAUCCAAGGAGUAUAUGGCAAAGACUGAAUGAGAAAGGUCAGAAAGUGUAGAGCCUGAUUAUGAUGAGCAUUAAUCAAAGAAUGUAAGAGCUGGCAAAAAUCUUCUGGUGACACUCAUGUGCCUAAUGCCUACUAAUGAGAACUGUUUUGUUAGUGACAAACUGAUCAGUGGGCAAAUAUUCCUGCAGGUAGAACCAGAUAUUCCCAGAGCACAGGAUUCCAGCUGACAGUCCUGCUCUGUGUCCUUCCCGAAUGCAAAAGCUGCAAUACAGUGUAAUCCAACCAAAUACAUUUUUCAAAUUAUGGAAGCUGACAUUUUUUUAUUAUUAUUCUGACAAGCAAUAACUAUUGUUUUUGUGGGUUUGCUUAUGGGAUUUCAGAGCAGCUCACUGCUUCUUACAUCUGUACAAAAAAUAGAUGGUUCUGUUUUUCUGGGUGGGGAGGUGUAAUUAUUGGGCUUCAGCUCAAUCUUUACCUUCUGCCUCCUGUUAAAUUGAAAGCUAGAGCCCCAGGUGGAGGAGAGAAAGAGAAGGUUGCAGAGUAACUGUAAAAGGAAUAAAAUGAAACUGGGCAUUUAUAGAACUGAAAUAAUGAGAAUAUGAACUGAAAUAAAUCAGUAACCCUGAGGAUGCCAAUAGGACAAGAAAUGGCAUUAAAUUAAUCAUAGAACCUGUCUGGGGUGGAUGUUUAGAAAGAGAAAGAAAACAAAAUACAGAAUAAAACUGGAAUAAAAUGUCAAUUAAGAUAAUAUUUUGACUGUUUUCUGAA